GAGCCGAUUGAGCGUUGGCGAUUGGCAACCCUGUGAAGUGUGCAUUUCAACAAUCGUAAGCGAUACCCCGGAAGUUUACGGCAAAAGUGGGCAAAAGUUUAACCGGCGAGCGAGUAUUCGAGUACGAAUACUGACGAGUACUGACAAGUAUCCGGAGGAGGCACUUAUCAAGCCGCGAAUCUCAUGUGAUCACCAUUCAGCAGCGUUCUCACGCAGAAGUAGCAGCAUCAUGAGCCUAAUCGCGGAUCCGUUUCUGUUCGUAAUCGCGCUAUUUGUCACGGGCUGUGUGCUGUUCCUUCUGGUGUAUUAUAUUAUAACGCUGUCUGAUCUCGAGUGUGAUUAUCUGAAUGCACAAGAAUGCUGUUCCAAGUUAAAUAUGGGAGUUUUGCCAAAGUUAAUAGGACAUACGUUUGUGGUAUUUCUUUUAUUGAUACACGGACAGUUUAUAUUAACGCUGAUGAACAUACCGAUGUCAAUUUGGUUGUUUUACGAGUACUUUAGCGUUCCUAGUGGUAAUAUGGGAGUUUACGAUCCCACAGAGAUUCACAAUCGCAGCAAGCUGAAGAGAUAUACACGUGAUUGCAUGAUUCAUCUUGGAUAUUGUAUUGUAUUCUUUUUCAUUUAUCUUUAUUGCAUGAUUGUGGCGUUGCUCAAGGGAGACCCGAUCAAUAGAAACGACGACAUAAUAGAUUUGUAAACAUACUGAAAUUAAGGCAAAGAAACCUUUUUUAUAUAUAUUAUGUUUACGUUAUCUUAUAUUCUAAUGAUAUAAGAAUUUUUUACUUCCACUAUAUUUACACGGCACAUCACGUUCUUUAAACACUAAGU